AUGGCAAAAAUAGAUAUAAGUGGCUAUGAUGGCACUAAUGGAAUAUGUGGAGUAGAUGGAUAUAAUUACGGUUCUAAUGGUUCAAAUGCAGGAUUUCCUAAUAUGGGAGAAGAUGGUGAUGUAUUAGACAUUUAUGCAAAAGGAGGGAAAGGUGGAAAAGGUGGAUAUGGCGGUAAUGGCGCAAGUGGCAGUCCAGGUUCCGAUGGUUCUGAUGCCACUUAGAAUUCUAGCGGAACUGAUGGAGGUCCUGGAGGAAACGGGGGCAAUGGAGGUAAUGGAACUCCUGGAGCCAAUGGAGGAAAAGGCGGAUUCGUUUAAAUCACAGUUACUAAAUUUGACAUGGAUCUCUUAGUAUUGAUUGGAGAGAUUGAUAUAGCUGGUGGUUAAGGUGGAGAACCAGGAAGAAACGGAAAAGGAGGAAAAGGUGGUCCUGGUGGAAGAGGAGGUUCUUCUUACUCUUGGUCUGAAACCUCAUACUCUACAACCACCGAUUCUGAUGGUAAUACACAGACGGAAUCUAGUACAUAAUAUUAUUCUAACCCUGGAGGAAGUAAUGGUCCUGAUGGAAAAGAUGGUAGACAUGGGUCUGGAAAUAUUUCACCAGGUUAAGAUGGAAAAAAAGGAAAAUUCGAAUAUUUAAUAGAAUAUUCAGACUUAGAGAAUUAGAAUUAAAUGACUCUAUCCUUCAAAAAUAAAUAUGAUCUCAAGAUAACUGGAUUUAGGUAUCAAAUGUAUGAAGAUGACGGUAUCAUUGAACCUGGUGAAAGAGCAUUUAUUGAUUAUAUUACAGUCAGUAAUAGGGGAGAGAUGCCAACACCGAAUUAUUCAGAUUUUGAAGUCUCUUUGUAGGAAAAUCUUUGGCUAAUGAAAGCUGGAUAAUGUAUGGUUCCAAGAAAUUUACAAAGCAAAGAGGUGAAAACCUUUGAAACAAAAGUUGACUUCAUAGUAAACUAUCCUUCUGGUCCUUAAUAUCUUCCUAAACCAAGACUAGAAAAUACAGAGGCUUAAGUUUAAGUUUACAUCCCAAGCCUAGACAGAUACCUACCUAAUGCAAUUGUUUCAGAAACUCAUAAAAUAAAAAUAGAGUAUCCUUUGCAAAUAGAAUAAUUCUAAUGCCUGAGAACUUUUUCACCAGGAUAAACUGCUAAGAUUAUUUUCACCUUGUUUAACAAAUCAAAAUUAGCGAUUGCUGGAGAUAAAAGAUCGGCUUAGAUAUUUAUCCUUGCAGGAUCUGGAGAUUUUGACUCAACUGAGUUCUAAAUUGAUGUGCCAGUAAUAAAGAAAAAUUCCAAGCAACAAAUUAUAUGCAAUAUAACUAUCCCACCAUAAGUAUAGCAUCUAUUAAGAUCGAGCUUUAUUAUAGAGUUUUAUUUGCAUGAUCCAAGAAAUCAGUUAUUUUUUAUGCCAUGUAUUCAUACUUUUCCUUACGAUAUUAGAAUAGGCUUUGAUUACAUUCCUAAAUAAGACUCGGAUGUUCUUUUUAUUAUUAAUGAAAACUUUAAACUAGAUGAUUUGGAUUUCAUAGAAAAAACGUGCCAAUACUACGGACUUAAACAUAAUUACUACGAUCUUAGCAUGACUGGCCAUUUAAAUCUGUUUUAAAUCUAGGAAGAAUCCAAGACUAAUUUAGCUUAAGAUUUGUAACUUAAAACAAUAGUACUGAUUAACUCUUAAUUUCUGCUAAGCUCUACAAGUUAAGAUUUGAUGUAUGGUUGGACUCUAGAGUUCCUUAAAAAGGAAGACAUGUUAAGAGCUACAUAACUGUAUCGUAUUCACUUUGUAAUAUUUUCUCCUCACAAGCAUAAUUAUAAUUCUUGGACUGUGAAAUAUGACUAAGAGGGAACUUAUUAUAAAGAAAUUGAUGAUUUUUUAAAAGAAGAAUAUAAGUUAUCCUAGAAAUCUCUUUCCGAAAAGAUUGGUACAACUGAUUUCAUAGUUGCUACAAAAGCCUUUCUCUCUUUUAAGUCUAGGAAGAAGCAAGUCGAAACCUAAGCUAAACAUCAUGUUAGGAAAAUUUAAAAAAGAUUUCCUUACUAGAGUUAUGUAUCUUGUCAUGUUUUUAGUUAAGAUGAAAAAGAUAAAGAUAAAAUAGGACAUGUAGCGAUUAUGAGAACUCCUCCAUUCAUUAACUAAUAUGUAGCAUUUAUGGAUUUCAACGAUAUAAUUUCAAAUCAGUUCGAUUUUGCUUUUGCUAUUCUAUGCACAAUAGAUAUAAAAAUAAGAACUAACAUUGCUCUUAAUCUUGUAAGUGAAGAUGAUAUUUAAAACAAACAUUUUGAUCCAUUAAUUGAAAGUUUAAUGUUCUCUCUUGGUAGAGAAAUUGAAAUUGGCUGUCACAGUAAACACUCUACUAAAUUUGAGUUUGAAGAUUUCUCAUCGUUUUUAAAAAUCUUCAAGGUACAAUUGAAGCAUAACAAGUCGUUGAAUAUUCAACCAUUUGAUGAGCUAAUCAUUCGCCUUAAAAAGCUCUCCAAAAAAUAAGAGAAACUUACCGAUGUGAUUAUAUUCUGGGUGGCUCAUGCCAAGUUAUUAAGAAAAUUGAACAAAAAGCUGAAAGCUAUGAGUAAAUUGCUAAAGCAUGAUAAGGAAAGUCUCAAGUAGCACAAGAUGAUUAAAGAAAAGAUAAGUAAAAGCUAUGAUGCAAAAAGGAAAUAAUUCAAAGAUAGCAAACUCCCAAAAUACCUGCUCUUAAGCAAUCUUGACCUAGAAAGAGAUACUUACAGAAGUUGGGUUAGUUUUGAAAAAGUGAUAUCUGAAGAUGAUAUAAAGCAAUUUUAAGCUAAUGAACAGAAACAUAGAGAUUAAUGUUUCCACUUAGUUGAUUACAAGAAGAAACUAGAUCAGCAAUUGAAGAAUUGA